UUAAAUGAUCUUAAUGGCAAGUGAGUUUCAGAACAUGUUUUGCACUCCAGUGUUCACUGGGGCACAGUUACCAUUUUUACUGACUCAGGUGGUUAACACAAGUGGUGUGGUGGUGUCUUUGUAGGUGGAUAAACUGUAACCUUUACCCUUGUAAAACAUACAACAUAUCUGUUGCUGCAUGCAUCACUUGGCAAAUAGUGGCCAAUUCAAGAAUACAAAGAAGACAUGAAUUGGCAAAUCCCCCUAACCCAGCAGUGAAGCUGGGAAUGCAGCUGCCAGGGUGGAAAAUUUGGUCAGAGUGUCAGAUAGAAGUGGAGAGAACCUGAACAGCCUACGGGAGUGGCCGAGAACCGGGCGCUGCAGCAGGUAAUGCUGGACACAAGGAGGUGUCACACAUAGUUUGCCGACGAGAUGGUGCAUCUGGCUGUGCCGUGGCCAGAAGAAAAAGCCGUACCCGGGUUGGAACUGGUGAAACUGGAAUCCAGACUGCAACCAAGACCACUGUAGCGGAAUCAGAGACAGACCUCCAGCAGGAGUCAGAUGGGUGCAACCUGCGCACCCCGGGGAGUCCUCUGGAAACCUGGUGGCAGCCAAGACCACCAUACCGCAAUCAGAGCAAGAUCUCCAGCAGGAGACAGGUAGGUGCAAACUACGCACCCAAGGGAGUCCUCUGGAAACCUGGAGACCAGUAUAACAGAAUCAGUGAGAGAUCUCCAGUGGGAGACAGGUAGGUGCAAACUAUGCAUCCAAAGGUGGAGUGCAUGCAAAGGAACUGAGCUCUGGAGGAAAUUUAAUCAAAUAUGGCAGGACAUAAAGUACAAGUGAGAAAGAGCUUUGGGUGUCAUUUGCAAACAGAAAGGAUGUUGUGCUGUCUUGUUUGUGGGCUUCUCUGUUUUCUCUCUCUCUCUCUCUGAAUUCCCCAGGCACUGCAAGAUGGAGCUGUUUAAACGCACCUGUCAUCAAUCAUCUGCACCUGUAUGUAAAGCCAGGUUCAGUCACUCCACCUACACCAGAAAGUCAGUGGCCAUCCUGUGGUAACCUGGCCCCUAUCUUUUCAGAUAGUAUCCAUGUGUCACGACUUGGUGCUAGACAAAGACUAAAAGAUUCACCAAAGCAGAUGCUCUGAGAAAGUAUCUGCAGUCACAACAAGCACCUGUCGAAGCUGCAGCAGAGAAUCCCUUGGUGUCAACUUCACAAACUGAAGAAUAGGAAGGAGCCAGUACCAGUAGACUUAAUAUCCAUCAGUCUGGAGAAACACCAGCCACUUCAGCAGUUGUUUGUGAGCCCAUUGACCCAGCUGAUUGGCCCAGCCUGACUGAUGGUGUAAGGACCGAGCUAGUCACCCGAGGGCCUCCUGUUAUCAAUUCAGACUUCACGUUUCCAAAAAAUGAGGAUGGGAGAAGUUUCCACCAUCACUAUUUCUUUAGGCACCUGAUGAAUGGGGAGAAGAUGAAGAGAACAUGGCUCAUAUUCUCCACCAAAAAUGACAGUUUAUACUGCUUCUGUUGCAAACUGUUCUCACAAAAAAUAUUCAAAUUAGGCAGAGAAGGUUUCAAUAACUGGGAGCACUGCUCAGAUACACUUAAAAUGCAUGAGACCAGCCCUGAACACUGCAAAAACAUGGCAUCAUGGAAAGAGAAAGCCGUAUUAAGAGUGGCCAGACAAUAGACAAGGCAGAAAUGGCACUAAUAAAUGCAGAGAGGAGAAGGUGGCGAGACGUUCUAACCAGGUUGGUGGCAAUAAUUCAGUCAUUGGUAGAACGAAAUAUUGCAUUUUGGGGAAUCUCAGACAAACUGCAUGAUUUAAAUAAUGGAAAUUUUCUGAAAGAAGUAGAACUCAUGGCACUUUUUGACCCUGUACUCAAAGAGCAUAUUGAAAAGGUGGAUAGAAGAGAAAGCCACACAACAUACCUCGGAAAAACUAUUCAGAAUGAACUAAUAAAUUCCAUAGGUGAACAAAUUUUGGACUCCAUUGUGGCAGAAAUUAAAGUAAGCAAAUAUUAUUCCAUUAUUUUGGACUGUACUCCAGAUCUAAGCCACAAGGAGCAAAUGUCAGUGAUAAUAAGAAUAGUAACAGUAGAAGGCGCUCCUCAAAUAAAGGAACAUUUUUGGGGAUUUCUGGAGGCAGAAGAAACCACCAGAGAAAGCCUCUCAGCACUCAUCCUCAACAGACUAAAAGAACUAAACACUCAAUUUAAGGACUGUAGAGGACAGUCAUAUGACAAUGGGGCAAACAUGAAGGGAAAACAAAAGGGUGUUCAAGCUAGAAUACGUGAGUUAAACUCAAGAGCUCUGUUUGUUCCCUGUGGAGCACAUACAGUUAAUCUUGUUUCAGAUGCAGCAAAAAGCUCCACAGAUGCUAUAGGGUACUUUGGCUACCUGCAGAAGCUUUUUAAUAUUUUUUCAGCAUCUACACAAAGAUGGACACUUUUUAAAAAACAUGUGGACAUAUCUUUGAAAUCCUGGGCUGACACUAGAUGGGGGAGCAGGAUAGACAGUGUAGUGCCUGUAAGGUUUCAGGCAUUAGGGAUGCUCUUUUAGAGGUAAGAGACUCUACAAAUGACCCUACAAUAAAAAUAGAGGCACAGACUUUAGCCGAAGAGAUUGGUUCAUACCGCUUUUCAAUUUGCUCUGUUGUGUGGCAUGACAUUUUGUCAAAAAUACAAGUAAACAAAUUACUGCAGUCAGAAUCAAUGCACAUGGAUGUAGCAGUUGACCUCUUAAGAAAAACUGAAGCAUCUCUUUCAGAAUACAGGAGUACAGGAUUUGUUACUGCCCAAGCAUGUGCCAGAGAUUUGUGUGAGGAGAUGAAUGUUAUUGCUGCAUUGAAAGAAAAGAGACUGAGAGUUACCAAGAGGCAAUUCUCUUACGAAGCUCCAGAUGAAUACCAAACAGAUGCCAUGAAAAAAAUGGAAGUGACAUUUUUCAAUGCAGUUGUAGAUAUGACCAUUGCAUCACUAAAGGAGAGAACAGAGAUAAGUGAUGUUUCCAAUAUCUUUCAUGUGCUCACCAACUUCCCCAAUCUGCCUCCAGAAGAAGUAAAAAAGCAAACCAAAGAAUUGUGCAAUACAUUGACCUGUGGAGACCACACAGACAUAGAGGAGCAACAACUGGUGAUGGAGUUGCAGUCCUUUCCCACCUGGCCAAAACCCAAAAUGACUGUCAUGGAACUUUUAGUUUUCCUUGAGGAAAAACAACUCAAGGAGAUCUAUCCCAACAUCUGGGUAGCACUCAGAAUAGCUGCAACCAUUCCAGUCACUGUAGCAUCAGCUGAGAGAAGCUUUUCUAAGCUUAAGCUUAUAAAAAACUACUUAAGGUCCACAAUGUCACAAGAGCGACUAAAUGGACUUAUAAGUAUUAAUCAAGAAGUGUCCAGGCAGCUAUCUUUUGAUGCAACUAUUGACGCCUUUGCAGCAAGGAAGUCCAGGCGUGUACAGUUUUAAGUAUUUGUUUACAUUGUGUUAAGUUAUUUUGUUAAGAGGCUUUUUUUGCACACUGUUUGUGUUAUGUGUGAAUAUUGUUACCAGAGUUUACGUCAAAUCUAGAUUUUGUUAAAUUUUUAAUAUCUGUCAUGAUAUAUUUUAAGUUUGACCAAAACAAUUGCACUACACUCUACUUUGCACUGUUAGUUUAUUUACUUUAUUUCUGUAUUUAUCAUUCAAGUUUUUAUAUUUUGUGUGAUGUGCGGUUAUUAUCAAUACAAAAUAAGGAAAAAAAUAUAUACAUUUGUGGGUUUGUGUGUGUGGGGGGGGGGGGGCAUUCUACAUUUUCGCCCGGGGCUCCAAAUCAUCCAGGGCCGGCCCUGGGUGUGUGUCUUUCCAAAUCAUGUCCAAUCAAAUGAAUUUACCCCAGGUGGACUCCAGUUAAGCUGUAAAAACAUUUCAAGGAUGAUCAGUGGAAACACACCUAAGCUCAAUUUUGAACUUUAUGGUGUGAUUGGUGUGAUUUUUUUUUUCUUCAUAUAUACAUUUUCAAAAAUCUUUAAGAAAAUUUUUAUAGUGUCAUUAUGAGGCAUUGUUUGUAAAAGUUUGAUGGAAAAAAAAUGAAUUUCAUCCAUUUUUGAAUAAGGCUGUAACAUAA